CAAGUAAAGAGAAAGAGGGAGGAAAGUGGUGAUCGAUUGAGCGUAUAAAAAUGAUUGGAAAUCGAAUCAAUGAAUUAACCAGUACCCAGGAAGGAAUUCUAGGUACAGGGAAAUUGGGUAGUCGGCAAAAAGCUAAGAGGAAACUGUGUCUGACGUCGACAAUGACGAAGAUAAAGGCCUCAACGGUGGUGGUCAGCACGAUCAGACAGUAGGAGGAGUUUCUAUCUUUGCCGUGAGCUUUGGCUGAGUGCUGUAGUUGUGCUGUAGAUGUGCUGUGGCUGUGCUGUGGCUGUACUGAGCUCAGGAAGGUUCGUCGGACAUUGGUCGCGUGGACGCCGCGUGAAUUCUAACCGCGCGCGGUGCAUUCGCGCUCACAGGAUUGGCGUUUCACUCUCGCGUUCCCAUUUAGCUCCAUCGGGAUUGGGUGUAUAUAUGCGCUACGACCGGGGACAUAACGGUGUCUUGACUAUAGUUAAAAUGAAAGGCACUUAAUUGUUGUCUAUAAUAUUGCCGCGUGUACUAAAUUUAAGAAUGAUAGUUUCAGUAUUUCCUGAACAGCUGUCAGUGCUAGACAAGUAUACGGUGGUCGAUCAUGUGGUGGAUUGUUGAUUGAACCGAGACUUUUGUGACUUAUCAUCAGUUCAUAAGUUCAACAUUUUUAUCAUCUGACAACCUUUUACCGAGACACAAGUAGGAAUACGAAAAGCAAUCAUGGUGUCACUUAGCGCGAGCACAAGAGUAAUUUGUCUGGCUCUACUCCUCGUGAGUUUGUCGAACCAUUCUGAAGGUGCGAGAAAGAGAUUUCGUCGACCCACAACAUCCAGUCCAGCUCUUUCCAGCGACCAGGAAGUCUCGGCGAGUGUGAACAGAUUUAAAGUAUCUCGCAACAGAGUAGCUAAUAAAAGUAGCAAGAAUGAAGUACAGCCUGCCAAGACAAACAAUUACAAGAUUGUCUGCUACUACACGAACUGGUCGCAGUACCGCACGAAGAUUGGAAAGUUCAUGCCGGAGGACAUUCAGCCUGAUCUAUGCACCCAUAUUAUAUUCGCCUUUGGUUGGCUCAAGAAGAACAAACUCACUAGCUUUGAAUCGAACGACGAGACUAAGGAUGGCAAGGUCGGCCUCUAUGAAAGGAUAAUGACCCUUAAAAAAGCGAAUCCUUCGCUCAAAGUACUAUUAGCCAUAGGUGGUUGGUCCUUUGGAACUCAGAAAUUCAAGGACAUGUCAUCCUCGCGCUAUGCACGUCAGACGUUUGUCUACAGUGCUAUACCUUAUUUAAGAGACAGGAACUUUGAUGGUUUGGAUAUUGAUUGGGAGUAUCCUAAAGGAAGUGACGAUAAGAAGAAUUAUGUACUACUUCUUAAAGAAUUGCGGGAAGCUUUUGAAGCGGAAGCUCAAGAACGUAAGAAGCCACGAUUGUUACUGACUGCAGCAGUUCCAGUUGGUCCUGACAAUAUCAAGAGUGGUUACGACGUUCCUGCUGUCUCUAGCUAUCUGGACUUCAUCAAUGUUAUGGCCUACGACUUCCAUGGUAAAUGGGAACGAGAGACUGGACACAAUGCACCGCUCUACGCUUCUUCUUUGGAUUCUGAAUGGCAGAAGCAGCUCAGUGUUGACAAUGCGGCUAAUAUAUGGGUACGACUCGGUGCUCCCAAAGAGAAGCUGAUCAUUGGCAUGCCCACGUAUGGCCGAUCAUUCACGCUGUCCAAUCCAUCAAAUUACGGGGUCCAUGCACCUGCCAGUGGUGGUGGUAAAGCUGGAGAGUAUACCAAAGAGUCAGGAUUUGUUGCCUACUACGAGGUCUGCGAAAUGCUCCUCAAUGGUGCAGCAUAUGUAUGGGAUGACGAGAUGAAAGUGCCUUACCUUGUUCACAAUGAUCAGUGGGUCGGAUUUGAUGAUGAACGUUCCAUUCGUAACAAGAUGCACUGGAUCAAAGAUAAAGGAUAUGGUGGUGCUAUGGCGUGGACUGUUGAUAUGGAUGACUUCAACGGUACCAUAUGUGGUGGAAAUAUUAAGUAUCCAUUAAUUGGUGCCAUGAGGGAGGAAUUGAAUGGAAUUUCACGAGGAAGUAAUGCAAAGGAUGUUGACUGGAGUGCUGUGGCUUCUACGAUCACUGAAAUUGUUGUGAAGAAACCAGAACCUUAUAAAAUCGCAGUUUCCGAUGUACUGAGCAAGGCAAAGAAAGUUCAAAAACCUACACAAAUCGUAGGCAGCGCCAAUACCCGUGAGAGACCAGCGCAAACCAUCUGCUACCUGACCAACUGGUCUUACAAGAGACCGGGUGCUGGAAAAUUCCUACCAGAAGAUAUUGAUCCGACUUUGUGCAGUCACAUUAUAUACGCCUUUGCCACCCUGAAGGAUCAUCUUCUUAGCGAGGGUAGGGAUAAGGAUGGAGAGAUGUAUGAAAGAGUGAUAGCACUUCGUGAGAAAAAUCCUGACGUCAAGGUUUUACUAGCAAUCGGUGGUUGGGCCUUCGGAUCAAAACCAUUCAAAGAACUCACUAGCAACACUUUCCGCAUGAACCAGUUCGUUUACGAGGCUAUUGAAUUCCUUCGCGAUUACAAGUUCGAUGGACUCGACGUCGACUGGGAGUAUCCCAGAGGAGCAGACGAUCGUACAGCCUAUGUAAAUCUGCUGAAGGAGCUGAGACUCGCUUUCGAAGGUGAAGCCCAAAGUUCCGGAUUGCCGAAGUUGUUAUUAUCAGCUGCAGUCCCAGCAAGUUUCGAGGCCAUAGCCGCUGGAUAUGACGUACCCGAGAUAUCCAAAUACCUGGACUUCAUCAACGUGAUGACCUACGAUUUCCAUGGCCAAUGGGAAAGACAAGUUGGUCACAACAGUCCUCUUUUCCCUCUUGAGAGUGCCACUAGCUACCAGAAGAAGCUCACUGUUGAUUACAGUGCCCGUGAAUGGGUCAAACAAGGCGCACCCAAGGAAAAGCUCAUGAUCGGUAUGCCCACUUAUGGUAGAUCGUUCACUCUUGUUGAUAAGGACAAAUUCGACAUUGGCGCACCAGCUUCCGGUGGUGGUACUGCUGGAAACUUUACCAACGAAGCAGGUUUCCUUUCUUACUAUGAGGUGUGCACCUUCCUUAACGAUGACAACACUACACUUGUGUGGGACAGUGAGCAACAGGUUCCAUUCGCCUAUUGUAACGAUCAGUGGGUAGGAUUCGACGAUGAGAGAAGUCUUGUGAACAAGAUGACAUGGCUGAAGGAGGAAGGUUUCGGUGGCAUAAUGGUUUGGUCAAUAGAUAUGGACGACUUCAAAGGUACCUGUGGUACUGGCAAAUAUCCUCUUAUCAAAGCAAUGAAAAAGGAACUGCUUGAUUACACUGUAAAGCUUGAAUAUGAUGGUCCGUAUGAAAGUAAUUUAAGAAAUGGAAAGUACACCACCAAGGACCCAAAUGAGGUGACCUGCGACGAGGAGGACAAUCAUAUAUCAUACCAUCCAGAUAAAAAUGAUUGCACAAUGUACUACAUGUGCGAAGGAGAACGCAAGCAUCAUAUGCCCUGUCCUGUAAAUCUGGUGUUCAAUCCAAAUGAGAAUGUAUGUGAUUGGCCUGAAAACGUUGAGGGUUGUCUGCAGCAUACUCAAGCUCCACCUGUAUAAUUAUUUCAAUCACAUUAAGAACAAAAAAAGAACUUGUAUAAAAAGAACGAUAGAAAAUCAUAAUUUACAAAUACAUUUUUAUAUCUGUC